AUGCUUGUCGAUCCCCGGCCCCGCCCCUGUGCAAGCAGGCCCCGCCCCUGCAGCCUGUCCCGCGUGCGCCCAGUCCCUGAGGGCGAGGGCCCGCGGCCCCCGGGCCCUGUGGCGCGUGUGCGGGUGCUGCGUCGUGACCGCCCGCCGCGGCCUCUCCCGUUCCCGCAGCUGAAGGAGAACAUCGAGCAGUUCUUCACCAGGUUCGUGGAGGAGGGGAAAGCCACCGUCCGCCUGAAGGAGCCCGCCGUGGACGUCCGUCUCAGCAAGGCGAAUGCCAGCCAUUUGAAAAACUUCCUCUCAGCUGUGAGGCUGGCUCACCGAGGUACUGAUGUUGAAGCACUGCCACUUGCAGCCCUGGUACCAGCAAAGACGUCAGAAAUUGAAAAACCUAAAACGAAGAUGAUCAUCACAUCACGGAAAGAUUACCCGCUCACCAAGAACUUCCCUUACUCCCUCGAGCACCUCCAGGCCUCGUACUGUAAGCUUGCCCGAGUUGACAUGCGCAUGCUGUGCCUGAAGAAACUCCUCAAACUGGAUUUGAGCCACAAUCAUAUCAAACAGUUGCCAGCAACUAUUGGUGACCUCGUCUGCCUGCAGGAACUUCACCUGCACGACAAUCACUUGGAGUCCUUCAGUGUGGCUCUGUGCAACUCCACACUUCAGAAGUCUCUCCAGCUCUUGGACCUCAGCCAGAAUAAAAUUAAAGCGCUUCCGAUCCAGUUUUGUCAGUUGCGAGAGCUCGUUCAUUUAAAGCUGGAUGACAACGAGUUGAUCAGGUUGCCGUUCAGAAUGGGCCAAUUAAGUCAACUGCGCUUCCUGUCAGCAGCCCGCAAUAAGCUCCCUUUUUUGCCCAGUGACUUCAGAAAGCUGUCUCUUGAGAACCUGGAUCUCUUUGGAAACCCCUUUGAGCAGCCUAAUCCACUUGUUCCCAGCAUACAGCUAAAAAUACCAUUAACUUUAUUAGAGUCUGCAGCAAGAGCAACAAUAAAUUACAGAAUCCCAUAUGGUCAUCAUCUCCUUCCUUCCCACCUCUGUGAAGACUUGGAAGUGGCUAAAACAUGUCAGUGUGGAAGUGCUUGUCUAACCAGCUUCAUUCAAACAACUGUGACCAUGAAUCUCCAUCACGUAGCUCAUACCGUGGUCCUUGUGGAUAACAUGGGAGGUACAGAGGCACCCAUUGUCUGCUACUUUUGCUCCCUAACCUGUUAUUCCCAGUUCCUGGAUAGAUACCUGCAAAGCAGUAGGUGACCUUGUAGGAGCAGCAGAAGCUCUAUGGAAACUUCAUUCAGUGCUGGAGGACUCAGAAACCAACCGCUGCUGGGUUAUCCACGUCGGCUGUUAUGACACGGAGACAAACCAUUGGGCGCGUGCUACAAAUGGUCGACUCUCUCAGACUUAUAAAGCCUUCUCACUAUAAGCCUGCUGUGAUCUGUCUGUCCUCUCGCAUUUCACGAGUCUUAAAUACUUACACUUCACUGCAAAGGACAAGAUAGCUCUCAGUUUGGAAAUUCUUAGGAUUGCAUUUUGGCUUUUUUGUGUUGUCCAAAGCUUCACAGGUGUUUUUUCCUUAUGCUGUGGACUGAAAUGAUCACUUCUUGCCAAAAGAAGGGAAAUGAAUGAAUUUUGCUGCUCUUUCUAACUUCUGUCGUUUGCUUGAUGCUAUAAAUUUGAUGUGUGCAGGGGAUAGAUGGACUCUGUUCCUAGGAUGGAGUCUUCUCUUCUUCAGUGAGGGUGCUGGGCAGUGCGUUCCCUGCUAAGAGAGCAGGAACCCCUCGUGUCUUUCCACGCUUGUCUUCUGUGGAGCAGCUCCGUACUGUGCUGCUGAAAGAAGUUACACUGACUACUUUGAAAACUGUUUGGUUCCAGCCAAGAGUUCUGGGCACGCAUGCUCAACUUUGGGUGCAACAGUGUUGUGUUUCUAUCAGACCAGCUAUUUGUAUGUUUUUGUAACUUUGUCAUUUGAAAGAAAUUGGUUCUGCAGUCACAACCUAAACAGUAUUUCCUGCUACUUUCUAAGCAUCACAUCUGUUUUUAAGGAUUUUUUUUAACUGUCCAUGAUGUGAUUACUUCAUUUAUUAAACACUGAAGUUCUUCCACUUGUACAUGUGAA